AUGGCGCUGGCAAGCAGCAGCGCUGGCGUCUCUUGCCGCGUGUGGCUUCCAGACUCCGUGUUGGCGGCUGGGGCGAAGUUGAAAGAAGCACUGGAAGGCACCGGCAGUGCCAACAUCGAGCACCUCCGCAGGAAGCACCUUGGCGCCAAGUUCAACGUGAAAGGCCAGCCUUCCACGGAGCCGGCACCAUGGCGACGCCUGCACGUGGUGGUGACAUGUCCCAAUGUGCAAAUGCUUGCGAAGGCGGAAGCCGACGUUGUAGACCUGUGCGAAACAGCUUGUGAUGUUGCUGCUGAUCUCCUUGGGCUGACAGACGACCAGGUGCAGGAUGCCUUCGAAAAGAUCCGGGUGGAAAGGCAGGAGUCUACCAGGAUCGACGGGGCUCACGGGGCUCAGGGCCUCAUGCCACCGCUGCCGACACCGAUGCCUCCUCUUUUUCCCAUGCCGUUUGCAAAUUCAUUGCCUAUGGCUUCCAACUCCCUUUGGCCGGAGGAGGCACAUGAACCGCAGGUCUUGCCAUCUGCCUCUGCGUCUGGCCUGUGGGCACCAGACUCUGUGGACACACCUUCUACCAGCCUGCUGGGGCAGCAGGUGCAAGGGCUCGGCACAACUCCAAAGAGUACGGCCCCUUCAGCACCUACAACACCUACACCACCUACGGUGCCAACGCAACUUCCUCCACGACCCAAGGUGCGGGGAGUUCCCGCAGCCUUUGCCGUGCGGCUCCCUCGCACUGUAGAGCCAGUGGUGCUCCCGACGCCGCCGGCUGCGAUGCCAUGUCUACCCAUGACGCCCUCCACUCCAGUGCCUGUCAGAUCUGCACCAUUGCGGAUGAUGGAUGCAUCUCAUUCAUUGCCUCCACCUCUCACUGCGCCAUACCUGGGACCCCUUGCAGCAGCCAUUCCAUCAGCACCACCCCCGCCCCCUGUCAACUUCACCCCGUCCCCGUCACCUUCAACUGCAACGGCUGCACCACCUGGCGGUCAUCCUCACACUUUGGAUGCCCAUCUUGAGGUGGCAAGACUGGCCCAGGCAUGGCUGGAUCGGGGCAGCCGCAGGUCCGAGAAUGAGAAGUCCAGAAAACGGGCUCGGACUAGAUUAGAGUCCGAUCCUUAUUUGGUUCGUGAGAACCUAGCAGAGGAUCCAUACGUGGUGAUGCUGAAGGAGGCAAAUGCCGAGGACGGCACCGCGUCAGCUCCUGUGGCGGAGGAUAGCCUGAUGCCACCUCCAAGCAGCGUCGUGGCACACAAACGCAAGGCCAAGAUGCAGACAGUGCCUGGCCCAGAGACAGUUUCCCAAGAGGCAGUGAUGGUUGAUGGAGAAUCUUCCAAGUCGAACUCCUCGGCCUCGGAAUCUGAAUCGGACUCCGAAGGAGAUGAGUCGGAGGAACCUGAGGAUGAUGAGGUGGAGGAAAUCGAGGACAUGCCAGUUGCUUCAGUGCCAAGCACCGGAGCAAAGGUGGGAAGCGAGGCAUUGCAGGCCCCAGAAGAGAAGCUGCAGCUCUACAAGCUGGGCGCCAAAUGUUGCGACGUUGCGGCGCAUUUCGUGGGUGGCAGCGAGACCGCUCUCCCUGAAAGCCGACGGCUGGACAUCGAUCAGCGAGUGCGCCUGGAGCAUUGUCGCAGGCAUCUGCAGUGGGCGGAAAACCUCACCACGGUCUGGCAUUUCUCCUUGUUAGAGCCUCGGGAGAAGGAUGCCUGGGCGGCCCUUCGGAAUUAUUUUGUCUCCCGCAAGCGCGUGGGGCUGGCGGAAAUGCCUCGAAGCGUGGUGUACAUUGUGCCUCCAGACCAAGAGUUCCUCUCAGAGUUGGGUCUUCCUUCAGCUGCUGAGAGCCUGGCUGGAAGCCUGCUGGGUCUUCAGGUCCCUUUGUACCAGUCAGAGAACGGCGAACAACUGGAAGAUCGAGCCUCGCAGGUGCCAGACACAUCUGCGGAGCAUUCCAAGCAGCCGGCAGAGUCUCCUGCAGAGCCGUUGAUGCAGCGCCAGGAUGGCGAUGUCGGAGAAGACGGCCCUCCGCACAGCCGCUGUGACGAGACUGAAGAGGAGGCAGCGGAUUCCAAAGAUGCAGUUGUGGAGCUGUCAGAGACGAAUGGGAACCAAGAAGUACAGCGCACUGGCGAGAAUGAGGACUUAGAUGCAAGCGCCAUCCCAGCUGAGGAGGACAUCUUGGUGUAA